AUAAAUAAGUAAAUGUGCCUCGUCACUGUUACAAGGAAUAUGUAGUCAGAAAUCAUCUAAUGCUGAACAGGACACUGCACUGAAGGGAUUCCAACCCAUUUUGUUUGAUUAUUUGCUGAUGAUGAUCAGAUCCUGGCACAGUUAUUCUAAAGGGACUCAUCUCACUUUCCUAAUCACUCAACUAUUUCCCAUCUCCGCAAGUGACUAGAGGAAGAGCUGCCUGGGAUAUCACUGGCUACAGCCAGUCCUGGCUUUCUGGAACCAUGGGAGUAUUUGCCAAUGGAAGAGGUUCUGGAUGGAAGAACACCACGUAUUUCUCCUUCCUCUGCGUGGCUCUAGGGUCCACCAUUAGUUUCAGUUUUUUUUUACUUUUGCGCCUUUCCAGCGCAUUUACCCCUACUGUGUCUCUGGCUGUUGCCAGCUCACUUGCAGUUCUUCUCUCUAUUCUCUUCUUCUUUUACAAGGCAUUGCGCUGCAUGAGUGUCCUCUUCCUCCUCUCCUGUGGCAUGAAAGAGGGUAGGAACGGUGUGAUCACCGUUGGCGCUGGCGUUGUGAUGUUUUAUAACAUCAAAAACAUCUUUAACAACCUCAGAAUCCUGGCAGACAGCAUCACCUGUGACUUGGAAUCCAAGCGCGUCUCCUUGAGGGCCAUGCCUUUUGAAUUCUACAGAGAGGCCAUUGAAAGGGUUUACAAUGAAAGUAAAAAAUUUUUUGCCCUAAAUAAUGAAAUUUUUAGUUAUACUGACAAAUUUCAGUGCAAUAUUUUAGUUUAUGACAAAGGCCUAAAAACAAUGGUAAAUGAAACAAAGCAACAAAUCCAUGAUGUGACGGCCACCAUAAUGCAUCUGAUUGGUAUUGCUUCCUAUGCAGCUCACAUAGUCAUCCUUGUACUUGGCAUCUCCAUUAUUCUCUGCGGAACUGGAUUCUUUGUAAGAAAGUUCUUGAGCCAAGGCAGCAAACACUUUGAAAACAAGUACAUUACAAAAACCUUUGUGCGUUAUGAUAACUCCAGAAAGGAGCAGAAUGAAUCGGGAGUCUUGCCCCUCAACAAGCAGGAAAGACACAACUACAUUAGAAUCCCUUGUCUAAAGAUUCCUACAAAGGAGUGCAAAAGGGUGGCCCUUUUCCUUGUUCCGGUCUUUGUUAAUAUCACGGUCUGGGCUUUAAUCACAUUUGUAGAUCUUAUGCUCUACUGGCUGAUUGUAACCGGAAGCACCCAUCUGCAAGAGCUGCCUCCCCUUACGGUUCCAAUACAUGUAUCUCUGACUGUAAGUACUCAGUGUUUGCAGUUUGGGAAUAAGGCUGUAUCUAAACCAGUGAUUCCCAACCUGUCGCUCAAUAAUGAAAAAUUAUUGGAUAUACCAAUUAGCGAGGAUUCUGUUAAUACCCAUAAUAGCUCGUUCCAGAUCCAUCUCUUUGACCCUAAGUGCUCUCCCAAACCCGGGAUCUCUCUCUCAGUUUCGUGGAUCUCCCUUAGCAUCAUAAUUCCCAUUUUGUUUCUGUUCGGAUUUCUUUCUUCCUUUCUUAUUCAAAUCAAAUUGCUGCUCAUAGCAUCGUUUUACCCCGACAAAGAGUUAGAACGGAUACAGUAUCUUCAUAGCAAAAUACUCAGGAAAAGGAUGAAGGCAGGAUCCUCGGCAAGGAGGAAAGCACUGAGAGAUAUUGUAUUAAAGACAAGCUUCUGGUUUCCAAUUCUAGCAAGAAAGCAGUUAUUGUACGAGAACUUACCAUCGCAGAUGGGAAAAUAUGAUCAUCAGGACAUUGACCGCGGAACGGAGUUUAAUCAGGGUUUUGUAAAUCCAGUCUUUGAAGAGGAGGCCAAAUGA